AUGUAUGAGUUCAACCAGUGCAAAAUACUGCUCCGCGAGGCCACGCCAGACGGCCCAAUCCCGCAAAAUAUUUGGAAUCUGCUCCGCCCAGACCCGAGGGCCGAGGCAGAGGCCCAAGCCCAACAUGCGAAGCCCCACCGCUCUCCGAAAAGUUGUGCACCUUCGCAGCCAAGCAAGCAAACGGCUCCGCUCCGCUGCGGCUCCUCCGUUCCCAUCUCUCCACUCGCCCAAAUCCACCACCCCCAAGUCCCAUUCCAUCCCCGUGUAGAUUUCAAAUCCGCGUCAGGCCAGGGGCAGCUCGAGGCUCGGUCUCCGCCGCCGCCCGCAGCUCCCGAUCCCCCGAGAUCUGCCUCCGCCGCCGCCCGAGGGACCGCCGACCAUGGAGGCCAUAGAGGAGCUGUCCGAGCUCUCCGAGUCGAUGCGCCAGGCGGCGUCGCUCCUCGCCGACGACGACCCCUCCGACGACGCCGCGCCGCGCCGCCCCACCACCUUCCUCAACGCCGUCGCCCUUGGCAACGUCGGAGCAGGCAAGUCGGCUGUGCUGAACAGCCUCAUCGGUCACCCGGUCCUGCCGACGGGGAGAACGGGGCAACGCGGGCUCCGAUAGUGGUGGACCUGCAGAGGGAGCCGGGUCUCAGCAGCAAGUCCAUCGUGCUCCAGAUCGACAGCAAGUCGCAGCAGGUGUCCGCAAGUGCCCUCCGGCAUUCACUGCAGGACAGACUCAGCAAGGGGGCGUCUGGUGGAUCAGGGAGGGGCCGCGCUGAUGAGAUUUACCUCAAGCUGCGGACGAGUACAGCUCCCCCAUUAAAGCUGAUUGAUUUACCUGGGAUAGACCAGCGAGCUGUUGAUGAUUCCAUGAUCAAUGAAUACGCUGGGCACAAUGAUGCAAUACUGCUUGUUGUGAUACCUGCAAUGCAAGCUGCUGAUGUCGCAUCAUCUCGAGCUCUAAGGCUGGCCAAGGAUAUUGAUUCAGAUGGGACGAGAACUGUUGGUGUUAUAAGCAAAGUUGAUCAAGCAAAUGGAGAUGCAAAAACUAUAGCUUGUGUUCAGGCCCUACUGUCAAACAAGGGCCCAAAAAACCUUCCAGACAUUGAGUGGGUUGCUCUAAUAGGACAAUCUGUUGCAAUUGCGUCAGCGCAAUCAGUUGGGUCUGAAAACUCGCUAGAAACAGCUUGGCGAGCUGAAGCUGAAAGCCUGAAAAACAUCUUAACUGGUGCUCCUCAGAAUAAGCUAGGCAGACUUGCUUUGGUUGACACCAUUGCAAAGCAGAUACGUAAAAGAAUGAAAGUGCGGCUUCCUAACCUAUUGAGUGGCCUUCAGGGUAAAUCUCAGAUGGUGCAAGAUGAACUAGCAAGACUCGGAGAGUCUAUGGUACAAAGUCCUGAAGGAACCAGGGCAGUUGCUUUGGAGCUGUGCCGGGAAUUUGAGGAUAAAUUUCUUGCUCAUAUAACAUCUGGUGAGGGAUCUGGUUGGAAAAUUGUUGCAAGUUUUGAAGGCAAGUUUCCAGAUAGAAUUAAACAGCUACCAUUGGACAGGCAUUUUGAUCUCAACAAUGUCAAAAGGAUUGUCUUGGAAGCCGAUGGUUAUCAACCAUAUUUGAUAUCUCCAGAGAAAGGACUGAGAUCCUUAAUAAAAAUAGUACUGGAAAUGGCAAAGGAGCCAUCGCGACUAUGUGUUGAAGAGGUUCAUCGUGUAUUGUUAGACAUAGUCAAUGCUUCCGCAAAUGCCACACCAGGACUUGGAAGGUAUCCUCCAUUCAAGCGUGAGGUUGUUGCAAUAGCAUCGAAUGCACUGGAGAGCUUCAAAAAUGAUGCCAAGAAGAUGGUUGUAGCACUUGUUGAUAUGGAGCGAGCCUUUGUUCCUCCUCAACAUUUUAUCCGCUUAGUGCAAAGAAGAAUGGAAAGGCAGCGUCGUGAGGAUGAGUUAAAAAAUCGAUCUUCUAAGAAAACACAAGAGGCUGAACAGCCAACGUCAAAGAGGGCCUCCAGUCCCCAAACAGAUUCUGAGCAAGGUGGUGGCAGCUUAAAGUCAAUGAAAGACAAAUCUGGUCAGCAAGAUAAAGACACGAAAGAGGGAUCGAAUUUACAGGUUGCUGGUGCUGCUGGUGAAAUUACUGCAGGUUACCUCUUAAAGAAAAGCGCAAAAACUAAUGGAUGGAGCAAAAGGUGGUUUGUUCUUAAUGAGAAGAGUGGAAAGCUUGGAUACACAAAAAAACAAGAGGAGAGACAUUUUCGUGGUGUCAUCACUCUUGAGGAGUGCAACCUUGAGGAGGUAGAGGAGGAAGAACCUUCUAAAAGUUCAAAGGAUUCAAAAAAGGCAAAUGGACCAGAAAAAACUCCAAGUCUUGUGUUUAAGAUAACCAACAGGGUUGCUUACAAAACAGUCCUCAAAGCUCACAGUGCUGUUGUGUUAAAGGCUGAGAGCAUGGCUGACAAGGUUGAGUGGAUAAAUAAGAUCAAAGCUGUUAUUCAAAGCAAAGGGGGUUCUAUCAAGGGUCCUAAUACUGAGGGUGGUUCAAUGAGGCAAAGCCAUUCAGAUGGCUCCUUAGAUACUAUGGCACGGAGACCUGCUGAUCCAGAAGAAGAACUUAGAUGGAUGUCUCAAGAAGUUCGCGGUUAUGUUGAGGCUGUUUUGAAUAGUCUUGCAGCAAAUGUUCCAAAGGCCAUUGUGCUUUGCCAAGUGGAGAAAGCAAAGGAAGAUAUGCUUAACCAGCUUUACAGCUCAAUAAGCGGGCAAAGCAAUGCUAAGAUUGACGAGCUUCUCCAAGAAGACCAUAAUGCUAAGCGCAGAAGGGAGAAGUACCAAAAACAAUCAUCUCUCCUGUCAAAACUUACUCGUCAACUCAGUAUCCAUGACAACAGGGCAUCUGUUUCCUCUUAUUCUAACGACACCUCUGAAGCUGAGAGCCCUCGAACCCCCAGCCGCUCAGGUGAGGACUGGAGGUCUGCCUUCGAUUCUGCAUCCAACGGGCCUGCUGCUGCAAGCUCAAACAGCGAGUCAAGGUCGAGAAGCGCUGAUGGUCGCAGCCGGCGCUAUGAGAACGGGGAUGUGAGCGCAGGUGCCAACUCCGGCAGCCGACGCACGCCGAACCGGUUGCCACCAGCGCCACCAAGAUACUAAUCGUGCUGAUUGGUAUCCAUGAACAAUGUAUUCUUGCCUGGCACACGCCCUGUUUGUCAUAUCGGUUAUUGGAGCGUAUUCCGGAUCGGCUGCUAGAGAUUGCGACGUAGUGGAGUCGGGUGAUUGCAUGAACAUUGUGUUCACGGGUCGCUGGGACUCGAGAGUUGUUUAUAGAAAUAUAUAGGUAAUCUAUGGUCUCUAUUGUUAAUCCUGUUGCUGUGUCCAUUUCUUUGGGAUUUUGUGGAUCUGGGACGAUCGGUCUUAGCUUGCGUUCAUCAGGCUAUGAUUUGAUAUGUUGUUUCCCUUCAUUUUUUGUCCAGUUUGCGCAUCAUAAUUAUCA